AUGGAUUACAAUCCUCAAGUGCCCGCACACAGUAUCGACACUUCACCACACCCCACGGCUCCUUCCGAAGGUGGCACUGAAAAAUCUGCCUUACGACCUCCCAAGCAGCUGAGCUCCGCGAGCUCUUACACAGAAUUGAACUUUCUUUUUGGCGUUCAGGACCCCACAAUGGAGGUCCCAAAGCCCACACGGAACCAAAAAAGGCCCAGUCAAGGCACUGACCAUACAAAACAUCGCAGGACGCGCUCUGGUUGCUAUACCUGUAGGAGUAGGCGGGUGAAGUGUGAUGAAGCCCACCCGAUUUGUGAAAGAUGUAGGAAAGGUGGCCGAGAUUGCGUCUAUCCAGAACCUUCAACGUCGAGCAAAUCUUCGCGUAGUAGUGGUUCGUCCAAGCGCUCUCAGACCGCAAACCGUGAAAGCCCUGAUUCAUCAUCCGAUGACGAUGAACAUGAAGAUGAAGGAAUAGAACGUCUAGAGGCCAUACCCGAUGAGGAUGAACGUCUUCAAUCAGGCACAUCCACAAUCGAAUUCCAAAAAUCCGGUACUGGCCAUUCUUCGAAAGACCGGAAAAGCACUACUCGACAUAGCUCUGAGACUCCAUCUUUAGUGCAAGACAAAGGAACAUCACCUACCCCCUCUGAAGGAUCUGUGGGUUAUGCCCCUCAGGUGUUGAGUGACUGGCGACUCAACAAACCAAGUUUCUCUCCUGCUGCUUCAGAUAAAACCGAUUGGUCGUAUUUGCCUGCAGAUAUUCAGUUCUAUCUUGCCUACUUCUGUGAGAAUAUCAGCCACCUGCAUUACUCACUCAAGUACGACUCGGAGGACUUCAUGAGAACUCAAUUUCUGGACGUGGCGCUCGAAAACGAAGCGUUACUCUACGCAAUUGUAGGUUUCUCGGCCUUUCAACGAACACUGCAUAAUCCCCAAGGCAAGAUCCAGGACUUCCUUCAGUACUAUAAUAAGGCAGUAUCCUUGCUUCUUAAAUCGUUGAAGAAGGGAGAAAGACACAGUAUUGGAACAUUACUCGCGAUCUUACAACUAGCUACUAUUGAGGAAUUUCUUGGUGACUGGAUUAAUCUACUUGGCCAUCAAAAAGCCGCCUUUCAAUUGCUCACACAAUUAUACACACCAGAGACUGUGAUGCAAAGCGAGAUGCCGCGAAUCAUAUUGGGAUGGUACAUGCGAUUCGACGUCUUCGCAGGGCUUAUGGGAGGAUUUGAAACUGUUCUAUCCAGGGAAUGGUUUUCUUCUACCUAUGAAUUUUUCCAGCGCCAGAUUGAAAGCGAACCAACACGCCUAAAAUGGAAAAUUGAAGCAUCAAUCGCAAAACAUCGUCUCGUCGCUACCGAUAUGUCCUUACUCCUUGUGAGGAUGGGGAAAGGUGAACUAUCAAUAGAACAGUUCAUGAGCCAGAAUGCCGAGAUUGGCAGAAGAAUUCAAGAGUGGAAGACCAAAAUGGACCCUGCUCUCCAGGAUAAACGCUUUCUAGUGACAAACUUUUCGGGAGCCCGACCUCGAGACCCGAAUAGCAUCGUUGACCCCUACCUGCCAGACAUUAUCUAUAGUGGCCCACUGUGGGUGAUGAACAUCGCUACGAUUGACUGCUUCUCUAUUGAUGUUAUGCUCAAAUAUCAGACGGCCCUGAUACUGAAGACUGAACCUGACGAUGAACUUCAAAAGAUAGCAUAUAAAACUUGCCAAUUAUUCGAAGCUCUCGAAAACUGGCCUGGAAGUCCGCCCGGCACAGUGAUUGCUUGUCAAGCAAGUCUUGGGAUUGCAUGCCUGUUCCUCCCCAAAGACCAUCAUCAUGCUAUGUGGGCGCGGCGAAAAUUUGCACUUAUCGAAUCGCAUGGCUACAUCUACCCAUCUACCUUCCGAACAAAAAUGGCAGAUCUGUAUCACGAUAGGUCUUGCCUGCAUUGGUGGCUCCCCAAUGAUGAGAACUAUCCCCCAAUAAUACGAUCAAUUAGGAAGUUUGUGGAAGAACGUACAACACCUGCGAAGGAUACUCUCAGUGGGGACCUGCGAGAUAUGAAAGCCAUAUUUGCAUCCCUAAAUAUAGACGACGGCAAAUCGAGUGUUCCUCCGGGUAUCAAAAAGGAGGAUGGCUCAAACAACGUGGCAGUUGCGUCAGAGGAUUUUGGCAAUAUGGGUGGGAUGGCCGGGGAAGGUGAUACUUCUGGAUAUGGCUAUCGUACUCAAACCGGUGGAUCCUACGACCUCCACAAGUGA